GCGCCUGCGCGGCCGUGGCUCCCGGGGCACUUUUGCUGAGGUGGCGGCUUCCUCCGGCUGCAGAUUACAAAACUCAUGAGUCGAAGGUGCCUUCACCGCUCCCACGCCAGCCGUCCCUCGGUGUUAUGCUUACAAUGCUGCCAGAUGCGCUGCGGUCACCACGCCCGUUGGUCCCAAACCAGCCGCUGUGGCGUCCCUACAGAAAGCGCCCGCCCCACCCCGCGGCCGGCGCACCUCACGCUCCAGCGGGUUGCGCCCCUGCAGGCUGCGCUACGGCCGAGUUCGCGCUCCCCGCGGCGGGUCCCCCUACACGGCAAAGCGCGGCGGCCGGCAGGAAGCGCGGGCCGCCCACAGGAAGCGGGCACGGCGGCGCUGCUGUGGUGUUCCCGGCCGGGCCGUCCCUGAGUCACUGGAGCGGCCGAGCUGCGGCGCCGGGCCCGGCCCUGCCGUGCGGGGCUCAGCGGGUAGGCACGGCUGCGGUCAGCGGGUGGUGGUGCUGCGGGCGGCUGCUAGGACAGGCUGCGGUGGCGCCCUCGGAGCGAGGGUUGACACACUGCACGGUGGCUUCCAAGUCUCGUUUGUACUGGUUUUGGUCUGAAGAUUAUAAGAUCACAAACAACUGUCCUAUAAAAACAACAGGGAGGAAACAGUCUCAUCUGGCAAUGAUGAGGUAUUCUUACCUCUGUAAACUUCCAGGAAGAAUUAUGAGAAUCCGCCUACUAUACUUCACUUCUGUGAUGAUCAUCAUCUUACUACUUGUGGCAGGAGCUUUAACAGCUUUGCUCCCCAGUAUCAAAGAUGAUAAAGCGCCUAAUUUUAAAAGGGAAUCAAAAACCCAGGGUCAGCCUGCACUGGAUUCAUUUACUCUUAUUAUGCAGACAUAUAAUAGAACUGACUUGCUACUAAAGCUAUUAAAUCAUUAUCAAGCCAUCCCCCAUUUACAUAAAGUAAUUGUUGUGUGGAAUAAUGUUGGAGAGAAAAUGCCAGAGGAAAUGUGGAAUUCCUUAGGUCCUCAUCCUGUCCCUGUUAUUUUUAAAGCUCAGUCUGUAAACCAUAUGAGGAACAGGCUCCAGAACUUCCCUGAACUGGAAACAGAAGCUGUUUUAAUGAUAGAUGAUGAUACACUCGUCAGUGCUCAUGACCUUGCUUUUGCCUUUUCUGUUUGGCAGCAAUUUCCAGAACGUAUAGUGGGAUUCAUUCCUAGGAAGCACGUAUCUACUCCCUCAGGUGUAUACAGUUAUGGCAGCUUUGAACUGCAGAACCCAGGAUUUGGAAAUGGAGAUCAAUAUUCUAUGGUUCUUAUUGGUGCAGCAUUUUUUCAUUGUAAGUAUUUAGAAGACUUUCAAAGACAACCAGAAGCUGUUCAUGCUUUAAUAGAUGAAACUCAGAAUUGUGAUGAUAUUGCCAUGAAUUUUCUGGUAGCAAAGCAUAUUGGAAAGCCUUCAGGAGUGUUUGUGAAGCCUGUUGAUUUAAGAAAUUUAGAAAAAGACACUAACAGUGGCUAUUCUGGGAUGUGGCACCGAGCAGAGCAUUUGUUACAGAGAUCUUAUUGUGUAAAUAAAUUAGUUAAUGUUUAUGAUGGCAUGCCUUUAAAAUAUUCUAAUAUAAUGAUUUCCCAAUUUGGGUUUCCUAAUUAUGCCAAUCACAAAAGUAGAGGGUAAGCCAAUGAAUUUAAGGGGUUAGAUGGCAAUACUGAGUGCAAGGAGAGAAAGAAGCGUAAUUACUGCAUCUUGGCCAUCCUUACUUGUAGCCUCUGAGUUUCUUUCAUAUGGCAUUUUAUGUCAUUGCCCCCUCCCAUUCUUUCUUACCAGUCACUAAGGUGAAAUUUCAGAAAACUUUAAAUGUUACAACUAAACAUUAAGAUAUAUAUAAAAUCUUCCUCUUCCCAUAAUCUGAAAAGUGUUUACAACUAGGCUACUUCUUCAGAAACAUGCAGCCCCCUAAAAAUGUACCCCUAUACUUCAGUGUUCAUAAUCAGAUUUUUAUUUUUAAUGUGUACCUAGCUAAAUGAGAUCUAAGCAUGUUUUUGUUGUGUGUUGAGAUGCUUCCUUCCCCUGCUUCCCCUUUCCUUCUCCUCCACACAUUUCCAAGUGUAACUGUAAAAGGGCUACAACAAACUGACUAGGCUCCUAGAUUUCUGUACAAAACUCCUUUACAUCUGUAUGUAAGCUCUGUAUUCCGAGGUUUGCCUUCACAGCAGUUUCAAGAACCAGAAGGAGAGUACCCCACCUUCAUCUUAGUUCUAGAGCCAUUGCCUACAAUAUCUACUACUGCUGAGGUAGUGGAAAAUAAUUUCUUUGAUACAACUUAUUAAUAAUUUGCCUAGAGUUGCCGAAACAUUGCAAACAGUUAAAAUGUGGAACUUAGCAGUUGGAAAUGAAAGAAACACAUGAAUACAUAAAAUAUGAAAAUUAUAUAUGCAGUCAAAUCAAUGAGAUUGCUUAUCAAUGCUGUCUUUAGUAUUUAAUUUUCUUUUGGUAUACUAUGUGUAUGUUGUUAGGAGAACAUGCCCAAGUCAGUCUUAUUUGCAAUUGCUAAUGAGAGCAAGCUGUUGUACAUUUUUUUCUAGUUUGUACAUUUUGUAAUAUUACAGGUUUACCUUUUUUUGAAACCAAUCUUUCACAUGAAUGAUUACUCUUUGAUUUCUUUUAUCUGUUUUUGGCAUCUAUGAUGCCAGAAUUAAAAUCUGCAAUGAGUGCGUAAAACAAAAAUGUGUUUUAAGGUACAGUGAUAUGUGACAGGACUGGACUAUUAUCGGUCUCUGAAUUGUGGCUCAAUCUGUGGCAAGAAAUAGCAAUUUUUAAUAACUUCUGUUUUAUUAGAAACAGUUUUUUUCCCCAUGUUAAAACUUUCCACUGUAGCUACAGAACUUUUUUGUGGUAUGGGUGAAAAGCAAAGAAGGCAGAGAUUUUUAAAAUUUUUUUUGUAUCAGAAGAAUCAAAUUUGGUAUCUGAUUUAGGUUUAGUCUUACCUAUGCCAGUUUUAAUUUAUUUUCAGUAACAGUUCAAAAGUUGGCAAUCAAUAACAGCUCAUGUCUACAAUAUAAACACUGUCUACACAGAUGGUGUAUGGUUAUUUUUUAAUAAGUUACCUGAAGAAAAACAAUCUGUGAAAUAUGUGACAUUCUUACAACUGUUUCUGGAUACAGACUCUUUGGGUUUCUUUCUGGAGGACAGAGGAUUCUGUUUUUUUCUAUCAGUGUUAAAGAAUUUAUGUUCAGUGAAGACUUCCUAAUAUUUCUGUAAGAUUUAAGAAGAAAAAAGCUUUGUGUAGCAACAUAAAAUCUGUUCAAUUUUGUUAUAGUGAAAUAGUAGUUUGUAUUUACUGUGCUGUAGUGAUAAAUAAAAUUCAAACAGAACUAUGAGGCUUCCAGAAGUGCAACUUUACUAGUGGUAGCCAGUACUAGCUUCCUGCAUUUCAUUCAUUUUUAGUCAUCUGUAAUUUCUCUUCUGUACAUUAUUAUCUGUUACAUUUUCACAAUUUUAGUUAUUUUUUUACCUUUUAAAAUGUAAAGUGAACUGUCAGCUCAGCCAAGUCUUCAUCUUGGGCUUUUUUUUUUUUUUUGAGGGAGAAGGGAUUAUUUGGGGCUUUUUGUUUCAGUUUAUUUUGUUGUUUUUUUUUUUUUUUUUUUUUUAGCAGGGAGCUCUACUGUAUCAGUGAAGGAAUGAAUAGAACAAGCUUUUAUUAUUCUGGUAAAUUUAAUUUGUAGCCUUGUCAAAUAAAAUACAUAAAUUUGUUCUGUG